UUGCAAUGUUACGUCAUUCCAUGAUGGCUGAAGACCCUGGCGGAACACUUUUCAAUUUCUGUGUUUUUUUUCUCUUUUUCUCUUUACCUCCGCUUGCCAUAGAGACAUGGCAGAACUCACAGCCCCGUUAGACGUUUACAUAUCAUUAGUGUCGACAUGCCCAAGAAAGGAAGCCGAAAACGGCUGAAAUUUAAGGCCGGGGACGUUUGUUCAGAAUCAGUCACUGUUGCUGAUUAUGCUAAUGCCGACCCAGCCGUUGUGAAGUCAGGAAGGGUAAAAAAGGCUGUUGUAAAUGCGAUUGAAAAAGAAGUAAAAUUACUAUGUGGCCUGGAAGCAUCUCAGGGUGCUGUGGAGGAGGUUCUCUCAUCAGUAGUGGGUAGCAGAGCCGACACUUUGGGCAGCAGUGAUGAUUUGGAUCCUGAGGAAGAAGAAGGGGAAAGUGAAGCCAAAGUGGGACGCAAAAAGAAAAACAAGAGGAGAAAGGAAAACAGUGAGAGCAGUGAUGGGGGGGAUUAUCCGGUGGACAUUUGGUUGAUGCUUUCCUCCUAUAUUCGGCCUGAGGAUGUGUGCAGAUUUGCAUUGAUCUGCAGGAAAGCGUGGAUAGUCACUUGCACUGCAGUGUUUUGGACCAGACUAUACAGGAGACAUUACAGGAUUGAUGUUGAACUGCCAUUUCGUCUCCAGCCUGACUCCAUAGAUAGGAUGCGCUGUCUUCGGGCUUGUGUGAUUCGUUCACUUUUCCAUUUGUAUGAACCGUUCAACUUGCGUGUGUCAAAAAUUCCUGCACUGCCAGAAUCCACACCCACAACCUUACUGAAUUCCAAGUGUUUACUCUUCUGGGUCAAAAAGGUGUCAGAGGCAUUGUGGGAGUUCAACUUCAAAUUCAAAAACCAGCAGGGACACAGUAAGAAUGGCUGUGCCAAGUCCUUGUGCCUGCCUAAACAAUAUGAAGAUGUUCACAUGAACCCUGAGUCUGACUGCAGUGUGCUUCAGAUCACCACACUCAACUACAUCCUAAUCCCCGUGGUCAUGGGCAUGACACUGACCCUGUUCACAAUCAAUGUGAGCACAGACAUGCGCCACCACCGUGUUCGUCUAGUGCUCCAGGACGCGCCACUCCAGCGGGGGAAGAGAAGGGAUCAAGGUGGAACCCAGGUGGUAUUGGAUCCUGUUCACAGUGUGAGGCUCAUGGACUGGUGGCACCCACAGUAUCCCUCCUUGCACCGCACAUGAAAAUGCUGCCCUCUCAGUUCACUUCCUACGUUGGAAGAUCAAGAACCACUGCUGUUAUCUCAUCAGGCCUAUGAAACAGAAAACUAACAGCCAAUCACAUUCAGUGACUCUUAGCACAUACAAAUUUUGAUUGUUAGGUGUUUUAACAAAACAAGCACAGACUGGCCUAAAACAUAAUGAAAUAUUAGAGGCUCAUCCAGACCCUCUUCAAAGAGAGGAACAUGUAUUUGUUGUGAUCAGCAGUAUUUACUAGACAGCAACAUAUCCUGUUUAAUAGAAAUGUAUGCCACUCUCUCCAGAUGAGUUCUUAAAGCUCAUGGAUGAAUUGAUUAACAAUGGAAAACUUCCUCCCUCCCGUGGUUUAAAUCAUUCUCACUUGUAAAGCUAUCUUGUAAAAUCAUUUUGGCAUUGGUUUAAAUUUGGGCAUGAUUCUUUAUUAAUAAUUUCUUAUCUGUUAAAUAUGAGGCACUUAAGGUUAAGUGACUAUUAAUGACUUCUGUUCAAUGAAGGGGCCAAAGAGAUAAUUCACCUCAUAGAAGCGCUGAUGUGGGGAGGGCUUAAGUCUUUUAUUUUUUUAACUAGAAGCUUGAUCGUUGUCCUGUUGAUUAUUUGAGCUGUCUUCUUUCCUGCCACAUGGAGAUUGUCAUUUUCAGUAUGUAUUUAACUUGAAUUAAUAUUUACAAUCAAGUACUUGAUGUGCAUUGGUUUAAUCAUUCUUCUGACAGUUUCAGUCAUGUAAUUUGAUUUGCACAGUGUACCCCAUGGCAAAGGAUAGCUGGAUGUUUUGGUUAGUUGUAGAUUGUAUAAAGAGGGUUUUGCUUUAUCAUGUGAGAGUUACAUGGAAAAAUAUACCUUCUCCACUGAAAUAAAACAACUGCCCAUUGAA